AUGUUUGCCCUCAUGGCCGCCGGCUCCGUCUUCUUCCCAGGACUCUUCCUGCUGUCCAAACACUCCCUCAAACACAUGAUGGGAUGGAUGGAGGGAGACGCUGCCACUGUAUCUGCACGUUUGGUGUCGUCUGUUCAGGCCGUCAUGGCUUCAUCAGCCGGUUGCAUCAUCGCCUCGUCCUGCAGCGACGUCAUCGAAGACAAGCACUGGCUGACUGACGCCUACAUCCUCUUCGCCACGCCUUACUUCGCCUACGACAUCUACGCCAUGUUCCUGUGUUACUGGCACAAGCUGCGGGUCAAAGGUCACGAGGAUGACGCAGCCGUGAGGUCGCAGGGCGCCGCCGUGGCCGGUUACCUGCGGAGGGAGCCGCUCAUGGUGCUGCAUCACGUCUUCAUGGUGGCCUUCUGCUUCCCCGCAUCGCUGCUGUGGCGGCAGGGUAAAGGUGAUUACUUCCAGGGCCUUUUGUUUCUGGCUGAGCUCAGCACACCGUUCGUCUGUCUGGGGAAAGUCCUGAUCCAGCAUAGCAGACGACACACAGUGCAACAUGGUUUGUGCAGGUGA